AUGGAAGAACCUUUAAUUUAGAAUGAGGAAACAGAAUCCAAAAUUCCAAAUGAAAAAGUUAUGACAAGACUUAUAAAAGGUGAGUUUAGGUUUGAGAGAAGAUAAUACAUAUUUUUAAAUGUAAAUACUGUCAAUUUAGUAAUUUAAAGCAUAAAGUAAUUAGGUUUUAACAAUUUAUAAUUUGAUUGGUCCUAUUAAUAUUGAAGCCUAGAAAUCAUUAAUAUUUUAUGAAGAUACUAGAGUACCUUUAAAUGAUCAAGACUUCACUUUAAUGAAUUUAUUGAAUGCUUUAAUAGUUGUUCAUUUAUUGAGAAUUUUCACUUGUUUAUUGGGUUUCUUUAGUGUAUCAUAGGUAAUGAAUUUUCUUGCAUAGAACAGAAAUCUGGAAAAAUAAUGACUUAUUUUAUGAUCAUGUCAACGGUUUGUGUUCUAUGUAGAGGAAUAAUAUCCUUAUUAAUAGUGUUAAAUUAUACUGCAAUAAAAGAUACUUGUAAUUUGAUAUUUGGUGGUGGAACUGAUGAUAUAGGAUAAUUGAUGGCUAUGUAAUUUUUAGUAGUAUUGAUACUUUUUGUAAUAGCAGAAAUUUUGCUUGCUUUGAUUUCAUUAAUAUAAUGUUCAAAAACUAAAGAGGAAUAUAGAAGUAUAUAAAAUAUAUGAUUAUUAUUUUAGUUUGGAUUAAACAUAAAGAGAAAAUGAUGAAGAAUUAUGAAUUGUGUUAUGAAGUUGCAAUUUGUUAAUUAGAUGAAUGAUU